AGCAAACUCUCAACUUACUGUGGAGGAAGUGGCAACGAAAUUAAACCAAGAAAUAUACGUUUCACCUUAAUUUCUGAGGACAACAUUUAUAUAUCAGUACGGGGAGGAGUUGAAGAUAACAGUGGGACUAGACGGUAUGAAUGCGGACAGAGAGGAGCAGGAAGACGAACUGCUCGCUCUGAACAGUAUUUUUGAUUCAGACGAAUUCUUCCGGAAUGAGUCGAAGUUUACUGGAGAAAUCCGAGUGUCUGUUCAGCUGCCUCCGGACUUCACUGUGGCUGUAAAAGAGGGUGAAACUCAGAGGCAGUAUGAGAUAUCUUCCCUCCCUCCUCUGUGUCUGACCUUUGAACUUCCCGAGGACUACCCAACUUCCUCCCCUCCCUCCUUCACCCUCACCUGCAGCUGGAUGACACACUCACAGCUCUCUGCACUGACUGCUCAGCUCACUGAUCUCUAUCAGGGCACUGGGGGCGCUGUGGUGCUCUUCAUAUGGAUACAGUUUCUGAAAGAGGAUGCCCUCAAGUUCCUGGACAUCCACUCUCUGCUGGAGCUCCCAUCAGAUGAGCAAAACAAUGAGUCAGAUGUCUCUGCAUCGUCCUCAGGAGCUGAGCAUCUGGCUGGGGAUCUUGGCAAACACAGAGAUUCUCUGAUAUUGGGUGAGACAAAUGAAGAUGCUCAGGAAGCUGAAGCUUUGGACCAAAAUAAUUCAACCUCCCAUGACAGCAAACUCAGCCAGAAUGAGCUAAACUCAGACUCUGAUGAGGAGACUCCUCCAACAGAUUCUCCCCAAAUUUCCUCAGAUGAGAGGGAGGCUGACCAGACGCUUGAACCCUCAGAAUUGAAGUCUGUCUCAGAGUAUGAUUCCUCUGCUCAGUCUGAUCUAAUUAACCAGGAAGAAGUUUCUAAUGGAGCCUCAUUUUUACGCUCCUCUAGCUCCCCACAUCUGCUGGAUCAAAGUGAAUCUGCCUCUCUGCCAGUUAGACCUAAAGAAGUCCCUCAAACUAAAUACCAAACCCCGUCUGGUCUCUCUCUCACUCUGUCUCAAGCCCUCUUGUCUCAGCUCUUGAUCCACAACGCAGCUCAGAAACAGAAAGAGUUCAACACCACUGUGUUUGACUGUGAUAUUUGUUUUGAUGGCUGGCUUGGCUCAGAGUGCGUUCAGCUGCUUGAAUGUGGUCACAUCUUCUGUCGGGGUUGUCUCGGCAAGUUCUGUAAGCUCCAGAUCACAGAGGGGAAUGUCCGAGGUGUCACCUGUCCUAAUGCAGACUGCCCUGUCACCCCUACGCCUGUACAGGUGAGGAGUUUGGUCGGGGAGGAGCUGUUCAAGCGCUAUGAUCGUCUCCUGCUUCAGAUGAGUCUGGACCGCAUGCCUGAUGUGGUGUAUUGUCCUCGACCUACCUGUGCUGAAGCUGUCGUUCUAGAUAAGUCCAGCAGGGCUGCAAUGUGCUCUGUUUGCAACUUUGCCUUCUGUGUGGCCUGCAAGAAAAACUAUCAUGGGACAGAGGACUGUCAGAAGAAGAUCAACAUAGUUAAAAAGAUGAGAGAAGAGCGCCUGGAAGCACCUCUGCCACAGUCAAAAAGGCGGAUCAAGGCUUUAUGGGCCGACUAUUCCAAAGGCGGUGAGGAGAAGAAGAAGCUCCUGGAGAGCAGAUACGGCCGCAAUAAUUUGCUUUUACUUCUGGAGGAUUUUCUGAGUGAGGACUGGAUUGUUGACAACUGCAAGAACUGUCCUCACUGCUUCUGCAGAAUUGAGAAAAACGGUGGAUGUAACAUGAUGUUGUGCACCCAGUGCAGACAGCCGUUCUGCUGGGCCUGCCUUGGCAGACCACCAAAAAGUGGUGCAACCACAUACUUCAAUCACAACUGUAGAUACUCUUCCAACCAAUGACAGACCCUCUGCUGCUAUUUCAACCCCUAAUAAAGUUUAAAUGGAAUUUAGAAGGAAUAUGAUAUGUAAUACAGAGCAGCAGAUUAGACCAGGAGCCAAGCACAACAAUGGUGUGGAGACAACCGUUAGGACUCUUGGGUCAGUCCGUCCUGGGCCCAGUCAAACCUGAUAGUGGCCCACAAUUACAAUUCCUACAACAAAUAAGCUGGAGUGAUAAAUCUGGACAUUUUCGAUAGGAUUUUCUCUAUAUAUAUAUAUAUAUGAAGAUGAAUGUGAUCACUCUGCCAAGUAAAAUUUUCAGCAAAGAAAGAGGAUAACAAAACCUGAUUCAAGUACGUGUAAAAUGUGCUUUUGGUCCUUACUGUGUUGUAUUUCUGUUGUCUGAAGUACCAGGUGCCUUUCGAUAAAAACUGAGAUGAUAGGAAAUCGGCUAAAAAAAAGGAAAGUUAUGGGAUGUUAUUGAUGCCAGACUGGGGGCAAUCGUACGUCAAUGUUGUUUAAUUAAAAUCAGUCAUCAUUUACUUUUUCUUUGCAGCCAGAUUCUGGGUUUUUAUUUACUGGUAAAUUAUUAUCAUGCAUUCUGAUAUUACAAUAGAAUUUGUUGCCUCCAACUUCUUAUAUGCAUUUAACGUAGCUCCACAUGAUUAUGUUCCAGUCUUCUCUCAUUGGGACUUUCUAUCCCAUCUGGUUCGGGGAUGUUUCAGAAUCUCUCAGGAGGAAUUAAAAGUGUCACUGGGGAGAGGGCUGUCUAGGCCAGCUUGUUUAGCCUGCUGUCACUGCAGCCUGGCCCCAGUGAACAAUAGAAAUGGAUGGAUGGAUGCUGAAAUGUCUGUCCUGUACCGUUUGGUUUGAGAUUGUUCUUGACUCAGUCUUGUCCCGAGACCUGCUCACAAGGUUAAUUGUUCACUCUAAAUUGACCGUUGGUGUGAGUGUGCCUCAUUGUUUGUCUCUACAUGUCAUCACUGUGAUUGACAGGUUGUACCCCACCCAAUGACAGCCUGGACUGGCUUCAGCACCCUACAGCUCCACACAGUAUAAACUGUGUAGAUAAUAAAUAAUGGAUAGUUACACCAUCAAUAAGGUGUUUGUUGCAGUAAAUGUAAGUCACAUGGUAUAUCUUUUGAGCAUGAGGUCCCCAUGGAGGACUCAAAACUAGAGGCCCUGGGCCCCAGCUAACCCAAGCAUUAAAUUACCAUUGAGAACUAGUAACUGAAACCAAAAUUCUUAGAGUGAUUUUUGACCCUUUUUUGGUUGGAUGUUCCCUGUUUUCAUUGUUGGGCCUCAUUAAUUAUGAAUCCAAAUGAAUGAUUUUGUUUAUCAAUAACUAAUAUUCUUCAAAUACCCAUAAAUAAUCACAUCCAAUCCAACAUAAAAGUCAUUUACGCCAAUUGCCAUACUGUUCAAUACCCAGCAGAGGGCAAUGAAUAACAAGAAUGGCAAAACAGCUUAAUUUACCUCUUCAACAUCACCAAAUAUCUUAUAUUUGUGCC